GGACGCAGUCUGACAUUUGAGAAGAAAAAGCAGCCUGUUCCGAGGAAAACAGCUGCGUCCCUCUGCGCACGGAGAUCACUUCCGGUUAAACAAUUCACAAUAAAAGUAAAGAAAGCGGAAACAGAUGGAAGUUUUAAAAUGGAAAACAAAGACAUAAGAACGAUUUAGGCGUCGAUUGACUGACCUUUGACCUUGUCAAACUACACAUGCAUUUAUGCCACAGCACUGACGUCACAUCGUGGAAACCCGUCCUUCAGUCAUGGUUCUGGUUGUGGCGACCACCGUGUGGUGGACCUGGACCGUCCUGGAUGUGGCCGCAACCUCCUCAGUCAAACUGCCACAGAUCAGCGACCGCGCGUUCAUCGAUGAGUGUGUGACGGAGCACAACAAGGCGCGGACAUCCGUCAGUCCGCCGGCCUCCAACAUGCUGUACAUGACGUGGGACGAAGGACUGGCCGUCACUGCCAGAGCGUGGGCCAAACACUGUACGUUUGAACACAACAUCUAUCUGGACGACGCCCGCAGGAUGCACCCCACCUUCUCCUCUGUGGGCGAGAACAUUUGGACGGGUCACCCACCGUCAGAGUUCGUGCUCAAGAACGCAAUAAAACACUGGGUUGACGAGAAAAUGUUCUACAACUACUCUGAGAACAGCUGCAGUAACAUGUGUGGCCACUACACACAGGUGGUCUGGGACCAAACCUACAAGGUGGGCUGUGCCGUGGAGCUGUGUCCCAACGGUGUCCGUCAGUUUGACCACAGACCGUCAGUUCUUUUUGUCUGUAACUAUUCCCCAGGCGGUAACCUGAACGGACGUCGACCGUAUGAGUCCCGGGGAGCGCCGUGCUCCGAGUGCGAGGACUCCUGUGAGAACAAACUCUGUCGAAACAAAGAGCGAGACACGGAGAGAAGAUACACCUGGAGACCAGACUGGGACCCCAGCCCAGAGACCAGGUACCUGGACAUCCUGGUGGUCCGACCCGUGGCCCUCAUUUGUACCUUCUUGGCUGCGUACGCUGCCCACUACUUCUACCCCAACGCCUUUUGCUACGAGUAGACCUCAGUCUGUAGACCUCAGUCUGUAGACCGACAGUCUGUAGACCGACAGUCUGUAGACCGACAGUCCGUAGACCGACAGUCCAUAGACCUCAGUCUGUAGACCUCAGUCUGUAGACCGACAGUCUGUCCAAAACAGCCAUACAGAAGAUGAAGAAAUGUUUGUUCUUAUUUUUUUUCCCCUGACUUUUCACACACGUCUGAGGACAGAACAGAAAAUA